CCGGUGCCCCCCGCCGGCCUCCCCGGGCUGUGCUCCCGGCCCGCGCCCCAGGGCCUGCUGAGCCCCGCGGCGGCGCCCGCUGGCCCCGGCUUGGACAGCCAGCGCCAGAGGAGGCGAGUCGCGUCGCAGCGCUGCCCUCUGGAGUUCCUGGAAGACACGGCAGGCUGUGCCCCAGUACAGAGAGCCAAGCAUGUGUCUGGGUCACCUCGACACAAAGGCCUGAAGAAGACGCACUUCAUCAAGAACAUGAGGCAGUAUGACACAAGGAACAGCAGGAUCGUGCUCAUCUGUGCCAAGCGGUCCUUGUGUGCGGCCUUCUCGGUCCUGCCCUAUGGAGAAGGCCUGCGGAUCAGUGACCUAAGGGUGGACAGCCAGAAGCAGAGGCAUCCAUCAGGUGGCGUGUCUGUUUCUUCCGAGAUGGUCUUUGAAUUGGAAGGCGUUGAAUUGGGAGCAGAUGGAAAGGUUGUCUCCUAUGCAAAGUUCCUGUACCCUACCAACGCUCUGGUUGCACACAAGGGCGACAGCCACAGCCUACUGCCCCAGCCUCGGCCCAGUAUCCCCCGGGCUCUGCCAGGAGCAAGACACAAACCUGCCACCGCCAAGGCAACACCAGCUGGCACAGAACUAGGGAGCGAUGGGGGAGACACCCUGGAGUACAACCCCAACCUUCUGGAUGACCCACAGUGGCCCUGUGGGAAACACAAGCGCGUCCUCAUCUUUGCCUCCUAUAUGACCACAGUGAUAGAGUAUGUGAAGCCCUCGGACCUCAAGAAGGACAUGAAUGAGACCUUCAGAGAAAAGUUCCCACACAUCAAACUGACGCUGAGCAAAAUCAGGAGUUUGAAGCGGGAAAUGCGGAACCUGUCUGAGGAGUGCAGCCUGGAGCCCGUGACUGUGUCCAUGGCCUACGUUUACUUCGAGAAGCUCGUGCUACAGGGCAAGCUCAACAAACAGAACCGCAAGCUGUGCGCUGGCGCCUGCGUGCUGCUCGCUGCCAAGAUCAGCAGUGACCUCCGCAAGAACGAUGUAAAGCAACUUAUCGAUAAGCUGGAAGAAAGAUUCCGAUUCAACAGGCGCGACCUCAUUGGAUUUGAGUUCACAGUCCUCGUGGCUCUGGAGCUAGCCUUGUAUCUUCCCGAGAACCAAGUGUUACCUCACUAUAGACGCCUCACCCAGCAGUUCUAGCCCGGCCACAGGCCCAGAGGGUCAGUCAACAGGAAGCGGGCCGGGCCCAGGCCACUGCACCUGUGUGUCCACCCACCUUGCCCACCGCCCUUUUCUGCGCAACUUUUGCAGCCUGGGCACUUUGUUUCCUUGGAGAGGGAUGCUGCUUUUGUUCUGAAGUGCACCACACAAGGAUAUCUCUGAGAAUUUUCCUGAGUUUUACUGAAGUGUGGAGUUUCAUUUUCAUGUGCCUGACAGUGGCCUGGCACCAGGACUUAGGUUUUCAUCAUGCGGUGGUGAACCGAGUUCUCGCCAUCUCCCUCCCUUCGCCUUACUUUCGCCAACCUUCAGGUGCAGCACUGGCAGCACGGAGAGCUGGGUGGCCAGCCCUUGUAAGCCUGAGAUGCCUGGUGUAGCUUACCCACGGAUGCACCUGGGUGUCUCCUUCUCUGGAUGUGGCAGCGUGGCCCUAAGCCCAGCAGUGUCUCCCAGCAUCAGCACUUGCUCCCCCCAAGCAAAGCUCCCUCGGCACUUCCACAUCAGCACUGCUUCUGGUGUCGGCGUAAGCCAAGAGCAGGCCCCAGGUCUGUUCUCAUCUAAUUCAGCAUCGUGUCACUGUGAAAGCUGGUAAUGCUGUAUCGCACACAUAUACAUUCUGGCCAGUUUCCCUUGCACUGCACCACAACUCCUGAGCACACCCAGGAGUACACCACACAGUAUUGGAUCUUAACGCAGGCCAUGCUCCCUUGGCUGUCCUGCAAAACUGGUGUCUCCUGGGCGCUUGUCAGCAACACUGUACGGGACCCAUCUCCAAGCUGCUCUGGUUUACAGCCUACUCUGGGGCCACCUCCCCUAGGACUCCCUAAACGCUAGUUACCAUCAAGAAAAUGGCUGAUAAACACAAAUGGUAACUUCAGUUUGUUAUUUAUGUAGGAAAACUUAGUCAUUUACGAUACUGGUCUGUUUGAAGUCCUUAUGUAUCUAAGUCCUUUCCAGUAAAGCCAAGAGCUGCCACUGUGUGGUAUCUGACAGCUGCUGCCACAAGGCCAACACUUAAUAAACGACAGCCUGACGCUGGCAUCCUCUAGACUGAGUCCAGAAGUCCUGGGCUGUGUCGGAGCUGUCCAGCUGGGCCACCACCACGUGAAGCCAGACCUGGUGCUACUUCCCAGCACCCUGCGUCGUGAACGUACAUGUGCAAAAUGACUGACCUCAGAAGGUUCAAGCCAACUUGUCGGACUGUUUCCAAGUAGAUUCCUAUUUGUUUGUUGAAGUAAACCUGUUUUGCACUAUA